UGACUUUUUCAGCGUGCGGGACAUGGGAACGAUAACCGACAGUUAAGUUGUAUAGAAGGAGCUUUAUAAAAAGCAGAAUCUUUAGUAUUUCAGCGGUACAAAUUUUGUAAGAAGAUUCCUCGCUACACAGAAUGCAUAACGGGUCAACAACUACAGAGGGCACGUGGUUUGAUAAUUGCACAGUCGAAUCUGAUGCAGGAAUGGGAAUCUUUCAGUCAUUCACCCAGAGACAGAUUCUUGCAGCCAUUUUAAUCACCGUCGCCAUCUUGGGCACCGUUGGUAACAGUUUCGUCAUCGUUGCUGUCGCUUGGACCAAGAAGCUUCGGACGGUAACUAAUGUCUUUGUGGUCAAUUUGGCCGUUGCCGAUGUCUUGACCUGUGUUUUCAUGCCGUGGCAGGUUGUGGCGAUCCUGGGAGGGAAUGCGUGGCCCAUCCCGGAGGCACCGUGGCUCUGUGCCAUGGGAGGCUUCGUCAUCGUCGUCACUUUCGGAUGCAGCAUCAACAGCCUGGCUCUGAUCGCCGUCAACCGUUGGGUGGGCAUCACCAAGUCUCGCUUAACCAUCCGUCGCAUCUACACCGCCCGUAAGCUCGCCCUGAUGGUCAUCUUCUCCUGGGCUAUACCGCUCGGCUGCGCCCUAACGCCUGUCCUGACAGACUUAGGCGAACUGGGCUACGAGAAGCUUUACUCCACCUGUACUUGGGUCAUAGAAAAAUCUGUCUACUACAGCAUGUUCAUCAGCGCGAUGUACUACCCCAUCCAGCUGAUUCUGAUAACCGUGUGCUACACCUCGAUAUUCUGUUACGUCCGCAAGACAUCACGCAGGAUGACUCGAGCAGACGCCCCGACAAACUCGGAUGAAGUCUGCGGUCAAGGAGCUAACCGCGCCAUGAGGAGAAUGCUGUGGAAGAGACAAGUAGACGUCACCAAGAACCUGCUCUACAUCGUCUUAGUUUUCGUGUUCUGCCUCACGCCUUACUUCGUGACCAUCAUCUUUACCAGCGACUGGAGCCGUCAACUGGUGCCCUGGGCAGGAGCAAUCUUGUUCUGCAACAGCUGCGUCAACCCCUUCAUCUACGCAACCUCGCACCCUGUUUUCAAAGAGGCUUUCGGGUACAUGGUUAGAUGCAAAAAGAUUCCCAUUAGCGGAGCGAGUUAUCAGAUCAGAUGUGCCGCGACAGCGAGCACUGAUGUGCCUGAUAUACAUACAUCACACACCGAGAAGUACACAACACCAUUCUAA